UCUCCAAGCUUGUUAAACGCCAUUUGUGAACAUAAAAACUAGUACUAGGGUCAGCCAAUCUGACUUUACCAAUAUUUUUGAAAAAAUGAAAGUUUGAAGUAAAAGAAAAAAGAGUUUAAAAGUAUUUAAAAUACAUAAAAGUAUUUUUAUAUGUCGAUGGUUUAUAGCACAAAAAACAGUUGUCCAUAUUUGACAGUUUCAAGAAAACCGGUUUUCAAAUAACAAUAUGGAUGAAAUUAAAUUAAGGCCAAUGUCUCAAAAAGGUUACAUUAUUGGUGCAAGAACUGCAGAAAGGUUUCAAAAGUUAAUUGAAGAUGGACCAGGACCUCCAUCUUAUCAACCAAUAAUAAGUGAGAAAAAAAAGAUAAAACUUGCACUAAAACCAUUUCAAUGUGGCGACUCAAGAUUUCCAAAAAUAAAAAGAGAAACUAUUCCUGGGCCAGGUACUUAUGAUCACAAUAUUCCCUGCAAUAAAAAAAUCCAGUUUUAUUGCUCAUUUGGUGGUCUUCAAACACUUCGAACAUCUGUUCAGCUUAUUUGCAAUUAUGGUUUAAAAGAUAAUUGUAGUUCUUGCUUAAAGGAAAUAAUUGGUGAUUACUACAAAAACAACAAGCAUAAGAGUUUGUGUCGAAUUUGUUAUGACAAUUUUAAAUACAAUCUACCUGAAAAAAAACAAAAAAGAUUAUUACAAUAUUACAAAGUUCGAGAUUGUAGUAACGUACAUUAUCACGAAACAACUAAUUCAAAGCUACAGUUGAAGUCGGAAAAAGAUAUCAAGAAAAUACAGUUAAGAGAGGCAUACUUGAGUCUAUAUUAUGAUUGAAAAGUUUAUAUAUAUUUUAUUUUUGUAUAA